GGCGGUUUGGGGUCGCGGAUGCCGGCGGCCAUCCGGAGCUUGGUCGGGUCGCCCGAGGGGCGGGUGGCGGAACUCGCCCUGAGGCUUUGGGAUUCUGCCGAAGCUUUCAGCAGGCUGCCCGGAUAAAGAACAAGAUUAGAGCAGAAAGAGAGGAAACUUUUUUGUCUGCCAGUCUACGAGAAAUUGGUCAAUGUCGUCUGCUAAGACGAUGGAAGCUAUCAACGUCGCCGCCCUACCAAUGCUAGCAUUGGACGAACGCCUGGUGGUCUCUGUCAAUGCGAGGAAGGUGCUGGAGAAUGCUUUGAGGAAGCAGCUGCAGGAAAACCCACCCGCAUGCAUUAUUGGCUCCAUGAGCCAGGUGAACAAGAAGAUUACUGAAAUAGAGAUGGACUCCAGCCUGUUGGUCUACACCUCGGCAAUUGAGGACUAUGAGUUGGAGAAGAAGUCUUUAAAAGAGAAAACUCACAGCAGCCUGGGAGACGGAGUCAAGAAACUGAAGGAAGAGUCCCCGAUAAUCUGCGAAGGCUCAGAGCUCCGGAAUGCCAAGGUGCACAUCACAAAAAGGAAAACAGCAGAAAAGACCCUGCUCGCAGAGCUCCAUGAAUACCCCCAGUUUGACGAAAUGAGGCCCAACAAACUACCCAAUGGCGUGGACUUCUGCGAAAUGGUGGGCAAUGUGAUCCGAUCUGAGAAAAACCCCCUGAGUGGCAAGUCUUACUGUUUAGACAGAGAACUAGAGAAGUUUCUGUGUUCGCCUUUUCUCGUGGCCAUAUGGCUGGAUAGCUUUUGGUGGCUAUUUCACGAAAGGUACCACCCAGACAGGGAGACCCAGAAGAAGCUGUUCGACCGAAUAGCCCGAAACUACGCCUCCCUGAUAUUCAAAAUGCGUCGGUCCCAUUACGAAGAGGCACUCUUAAAGAGGCUCUCUUCACUUCUGAGCAAAGCCAUGUACACCAGCUUCUGCUGCUGCUUCCCCCAGUCCUGGUUCAAUACCCACGAAUUCAAGUCAGAGAUCUGUAACACCAUGAACCUGUGGAUUUCAGGGACAUAUCCUUGCCCACAGAGCUAUAACAAUUGGGACUGCUCAGAACUGGAUCCAGAGAGGUUCCAGAGAGAAGAAUUCUUGUUACAGAACAGUCGACUUCUAAGGGCAAGAGAGUUCACCUCCUUCUCCUAUACGAAAUCAUCCACCCAGGAUAUAGGACAGAAGAAGUAUAAGAAGUUCCAUAAAUUUAUGGCUGCCCUGAAGGCUUCUCGUUCCCAUGUAAUGAAUGAAAAAGACCUUUCAAGUAAGAAGAUCUCCGAGGGAAGUUGGAAGUGUUGCAGCACCAUGAGAGAGAAUGAUAUACCUACCCUGUUCUCCAGGAAAGUCACACGGCAAGUCAAGCGGAUAUCAUACGCCAGAGCAUACAUGGAUUCAUUUAUGAAAGAGUCCCACCCUGCCUGCAAAACCCCCGAACUGACUGCAAACCAGUUCAACCUUUAUGGAAAGAGCCCGCUAAUGGUGUACUUCUUCCUCAACUACUCCCCGAUACAGCUGCCUGGUCGGGACCUGCUGGUCAGCAGGAGAGAAAAGACUGAAAUCAUCCCUGACAACACCCUGACCUAUGCUGACAUCAUCCAGCUGGUCACAAAGAACAUGGCAAUUCGAAGGAAAAAGCUCAGGCAGCUAGACCGGAUGUACGAGAACGAGUGGAACUGUUUUAACAAUUACCUAAUGGAGCUGCAAGAAAACUAUGAGAGGGAGUUGGUUAUCAUCGAUAAGAAAGAGAAAGAAAAGAAAAAAGCCAAGCACAUGGUCGUCUCCUCCUCGACGUUGUUUGACUACUUGUUUAACGGCAAGGCCAAGGGAAACCCCCACAAAGAAAUUGCCUUCCUUUCAAGGAAGGAAAAGAGAGAGGUAGAAGGGAAACAAAAGGGUUUCCAGUCCCCUUUCUCACUGGAAAACUCUGUGGAUAACUAUUCCUUGGGCCUAAAAAGCCCCUACAUAAUGAAGUCUGCCUCCAGUAAGCCCAGCAGCAGUAAGUCCAAAGGCAAGCAGGAUAUGCUCUUCCGACUCUCACCCUCCUCCAUUGAAUGAACACACCCAAGAACAGGAGGCCUCGGAGGGGACGCCCAUGUCUGCUGUCAGAUGUGAUAGAAAACAGAAUUAGCAAUGGGACAUAUGGAGUCUCUCCUGUGGACUGCGAAUAUUAAAGUUCACACUUGUCAUGAACCAUUCAGGGCUUAGACACACCAUACACCGAAUCCAUCAGACAUUUACUAAUUUGUUCUUUCAUUCACUUGAUAAUAACAACACAAUCCAACACAUCCUUGUGAAAUGUAGCAAGACCUUGUCUCGAAAACCAGCCAACAGCAAGGAUACCAAGGGAGCUGAGCUGCUAAGUCCCAGCUGUCUUUAGUCCCAGCACUCUCCAGGCCCGGGCACACAGGUAGAUCUGAGUUCGAGGCUGGUCGUUCCUACAUGUUUGUUAAAACAUGUGACACACACUUAUUUGAGGCUUACCCAUCUAUUAAUCUAUAUUGUUAGAUAUUCACAACGUUUAUUUAUGUUUUCAGUUUAAAUUUUUUAUUUGCCUUGCCUAUGCUAGCAAACCACUCCUUGCUGUUUGAGGGUCUUGCUGAGUUUUCUGGGACACCCGUGUGAGUCUCCUACCUUAGUCACUGGGCCCAGCUGCCUCUACCUGGUUUGGGGGUGAUCAUAAAGGAAGUUUACAGUAAAGCAACAGAAAUGAGUUUGAGCCUACAUAUUUGCAAUCCUUUAGUCCUGCACCUCUUUGUAUUAACUGUCUGAAGGGUGUCACCCCCUCCUGGGCCUACAGGCUCUCUCAGAGCUGUAAAACAGCUCACUUCUUUCCUGGGGAGUAGGCACAACCAAACAUUUCCAGGAAUUUUAGAUUCCUUUCAAGGUCCCUGAAACUCUGCCUGCCUCAUAAGCCAACUACACUUCUGGAAAUCUACCCUAUGAAAACCUGAGGAAAAAAGGCGUGUAGAAGAUGCUUCAUUUGUCGUCUCUGAGAAGAGGGGAAACUCGUUAAUAACAGACAUCCUAUGCAAUACUGUGUGGCCAUUUAAAGCUCUGUGGGAGGCAUGGGAAGUGCAGAGGUAAGAGUUGGGGUGUGGCCGAGCAGCGAGUACUGGUUGAGUAUGUCUUCUUGGUUUUGUUAACGUUUUCAAUAAAAACUAACUUUCUAUUUUGGUUUUGGUUUUUAAAACUUG